GCGUAGGGUGGGGAGCCUGUGGGGGGCCGUGUUAUUGCUUCGCUUUCUGGCUCCAGCCGCUUCCUGUCUUGGUCCCGGGGCUUGGACCCUCAGCGGCGACAGAUUAGCAGAUGGCGGCACAAUGUGUAACAAAGGUGGAGCUGACCAUCUCCUGCAACAAUCUCCUGGAUAAAGAUGUUGGUUCAAAGUCAGACCCUCUGUGUGUACUUCUCCAUAAUACAAGUGGGCAGCAAUGGUAUGAGGUUGAUCGCACAGAAAGGGUUAAGAAUUCCUUGAACCCAAAGUUCGCCAAGAGGUUCCUAAUUGAUUACUACUUUGAACUGGUUCAGAAGUUUAAAUUUGGGAUUUAUGACAUUGACAACAAAACCAUUGAUCUAAGUGAUGAUGACUUCCUGGGAGAAUUUGAAUGCACUCUGGGACAAAUCGUCUCCAGCAAGACGCUGACAAGACCAUUAAUGUUUAAAAAUGGUAAACCUGCAGGGAAAGGAAGCAUUACGAUUACAGCAGAAGAAGUAAAGGAUAACAGAGUGGUCUUAUUCGAAAUAGAAGCAAGGAAACUAGAGAAUAAGGAUUUUUUUGGAAAGUCAGACCCUUUCUUGGAGUUCCACAAGCAGACCUCGGAAGGGAACUGGGUGAUGGUUCACAGAACUGAGGUUAUAAAAAACAACUUGAAUCCUGUCUGGAAGCCCUUUAAAAUACCCCUCAAUUCUCUGUGUUACAGUGAUAUGGAUAAAACAAUCAAGGUAGAGUGCUAUGAUUAUGACAAUGAUGGGUCUCAUGAUCUCAUCGGGAGUUUUCUAACCACAAUGUCAAAACUGAAGGAAGCUUCUCGAUCCUCACCGGCUGAAUUUGAAUGUGUCAAUGAGAAGAAGAGACAAAAGAAGAAAAGCUACAAAAAUUCUGGUGUCGUGAGUGUGAAACACUGUGAGAUUAUAGUGGAAUGCACAUUCCUUGAUUACAUCAUGGGAGGAUGUCAGCUGAAUUUCACUGUGGGGAUAGAUUUUACUGGCUCCAAUGGGGACCCUCGCUCACCAGACUCUCUACAUUUCAUCAGCCCUAAUGGGGUUAACGAAUACCUGACAGCCAUUUGGUCUGUAGGAAUGGUCAUUCAGGACUAUGAUGCAGAUAAAAUGUUUCCAGCCUUUGGAUUUGGUGCACAGAUUCCACCUUCCUUUCAGGUAUCUCAUGAGUUUCCAUUAAACUUUAACCCAUCAAACCCAUUCUGCGCUGGAAUCCAAGGCAUUAUUGAUGCAUACCGGGCCUGCCUUCCUCAAAUAAAAUUAUAUGGGCCAACUAAUUUUUCUCCAAUAAUAAACCAUGUGGCUAAAUUGGCUGGUGCAGCUGCACAGCAACAGACAGCAUCACAAUAUUUUGUGCUCCUUAUCAUCACGGAUGGUGUGAUAACAGACCUUGAUGCAACCAGAUCCGCCAUAGUUAAUGCCGCAAAGCUUCCCAUGUCCAUUAUAAUUGUUGGCGUUGGAGGAGCUGAUUUCAGUGCCAUGGAGUUUCUUGAUGGUGACAAUGGAAGUCUCAGGUCCCCAACUGGAGAGCCAGCCAUCAGAGACAUUGUCCAGUUUGUGCCAUUUAGGCAGUUCCAAAGUGCUCCCAAAGAAGCUCUGUCUCAGUGUGUCCUGGCAGAAGUGCCUCAGCAAGUGGUAAACUACUUCAGCACGUACAAACUGCAGCCUCCCAAGAAUCCUGCCGCAAAGUGA